UUAUAUUCUUUGCAAAUGUAACACAGAACAGGUUCUGAAGCAGGACUUGAAAUCAUCUCGACUUCUUAACCUUUAUACUUUUUGACAGUUGUUUGCAGAGGCAUACUUCUGGAUAUCAUGGCAUAUUUUACAGCCGCACUUGGUGCUGCCAUUUUGUUGGGAUUCAUCAAGCUCUCAGUGGCAAAUGAAGCUACCUGUGAUCUCUAUGCUGUUCCUGGGCAGACUCUGACUCUGCCUUUUGUCUUUGAGGGACUGACAAACUUACAUAUUGUGAAAUGGACUCAUAACAAGAAAACAGUUUUCAACAAGCAAAGAGGAGUGAUUGUUGGGAAACCAGAGGACAUUUCUUCAAAAGGAUCACUUGUGCUUAAGAAAAUUCAGUUGUCAAGUGAAGGGAUUUACCAGGUAGAUGUGCUCCAUCCUAAUCAUACUUCUGCUAAAACAUGGACUGGGCGCCUCUGCGUGAUGGACAAAGUCUCAAAACCACAGCUCAGUUAUGUCUGUGACUUCAGGUCUAUGGCUGUCAAUCUUAAUUGCUAUGUAGCUAAAUCUAAGGGUCUGGUGUUCUCAUGGACGCGUGAUGAAGAGACAUUAAAAAAUGAAACAAAGGAAACACUCAGCAUAUCUCUUAUGCAUCUGAAAGGGGAGAGAAGUUUCACAUGCAGCGCGGCAAACAAAGUCAGCAAGGUGAGCAGCGACAAGGUUCGUCCAACUUGUCCAACUUUACUUUCUUUUACACCCAAAACUGUUCUGGCAGUGCUAGCAGGCGGAGCAGGUCUGAUUCUUUUUCUGCUCGUCAUCAUCAUUGUAUUAUCCUGCUUACUCAGACGCAGUAAAAACCAAAUGAGUUCCACGGAUGUAAGCGAACUGAGGACGCUUUCUCUAAAGAAGCGAGAAUCGGAUUCUGUAAGCCCAAAGUAUGAGACCAUGCAGCCAACAGAGGGCUCUCCGCCCCCCAAACCCCAGCCUUCACCAAGAGCGUGUUACCAGGAUGUUUCACACUUUGAAUUCCAGACUGAAAACAGGCCUCCACAGCCUUCACCUGUACCAAAGCCAAGGACAAGGAACCUCCAGGGAGCAAACAUCUGACAUCCCACUGACUUUGUGAGAAAAAAAGCACAUUUGUGGAAAUUCUCCUUAUUAUCUUCACUUUUAAUUUACACUUUGUGUGUGUGUGUGUGUGUGUGUGUGUG